AUGGCGACGGCUGAUACCGAAAGGACACUUGGAGAUCCGGGUCAAGGGAUAGAACGUAAAUCUGUUUUACCAGCCUUCAAGCUUGAGCGUUACUUUGCGAAAUGGGAGUUCAAAGCGCCGCACCUGCUAUGUUGCUCCGACUGCGAGCCGGUGCUGCUUUCAGAACUCCUGAGCCUCAUGGACGGCGACAGCCGAGCCCGGUGGGAGGGCUUACGGCUUAGCUAUGGGGAGACGCGAGGGCUACCGGCGCUGAUUGAGGAGAUCUGUAAACUGUACGAACAAGUACGGCCUGAAGGUGUCCUCGUUAGUGCGCCGCAAGAAUGCAUCUACCUGGCCAUGAUGGCCCUCCUGCAGCCGGGGGACCAUGCGGUGGUCACUUACCCGGGCUACCAGUCUCUUUACCAGGUGGCUGAGUCACUGGGCUGCCAAGUGGACCUGUGGGAGUGGUCGCAACUGGUUGCGGCAUGUCGCGGGGUGGGGUGCUACCUCUUCAGCGAUGAAAUGUAUCGUCUGCUAGAGUUUGACCCGGCGGCUCGCCUGCCAAGCGCGGUGGAUGUGUACGACAAGGCCAUCACGCUGAGUGGACUGUCCAAGGCGUUCGGCCUCCCGGGGCUCCGCAUUGGCUGGCUGGCGAUGCAGCCGCCCUGCUACUCGGUCCUCGGCCGCGCAGCGGAGCUCAAAGACUACACCACCAUCUGUAAUGCGGUUCCAAGUGAUGUCCUGGCGCUGGCGGCUCUGCGUUCCAAGGACGCCCUGCUGCACCGCAACAUGACCAUUCUGCGGUCCAACCUGAGCGCGGUGGAGAGCUUUAUGGGGGAGUUUGACCAUAUCUUCCGGUACCGACCGCCCGCUGCCGGCUCCGUGGCAUUUCCCCGGCUGGCGGCAUUGGCGACAGACAACCAGGAGAGCGUGGAGGAGUUCUGCGAGCGGCUCGUAAACGAGUGCGGUGUGCUGCUGCUCCCGGCCACAGUGUACGACCAUGCGCCGAGCAGCACCGGGGGGCAUUUCCGCAUCGGGCUGGGCAGGCGGGACCUCCCGGGGUGCCUCGACGUGUUUCGGAGCUUCUUAAGGGAGCGGGUGCAGCGGCCACAACAGUAG